AUGACGGACUUUUCCACUUUGUUUGAUGCUUUGAACAAUCCAGUUCCCACAACUGAUUGGUCUAUCACCAAGGGCCAGCCACUAGAGAUGGCGCUGAUGGCCAAGGCGGGUGUGGAAUCUAUCGAAAUUUGCUAUGAAUUUUACCCAGAAGCUCUGACCAAACGCAUGUUCACCAAUGUCGUCAAACAUGGAGCCAAACCAGGAGUUGUCGGAUUUCUUGCCUCAAAAUGCCCUCACUUGGUCGAUGACCAGGUUCUACAAAAUGAAGCGGAUCGAGGGCCAGGGAAUGACAGUGAUGGCACUCAGUAUUCCAAUUUGUUCGACGCUAUCAACAAUCCACUGCCCUCUUGUGAUUGGAAAAUCUCAAGCCAUCAACCUCUAGAGUUGUUCCUGAUGGACAAGGCUGAGUUGGGAACCAUCAAAGCUUUCUAUGAAUUCUUCCCGCAAGCUCUGACCAAGCGACUCUUCGUGAAUGUUAUCAAAUGUGGAGCCAAACCAGGAGUCGUUGGGUUCCUUGUCACAAAACGACCUGACUUGGCUGACACAAGUGCUUUUGAAUUGGCGGUGAUGCAAGGACCAGGACCCAGUCGGCCGACUGACAGUGAAAUCUACAUGAUGGCUUCGGCAAAUAACCCAGAACUGCUGGUACCAACAGGUCCAAAUUUUUGGAUGCCUCCAAUUUGGAGUCACAUUUUGAACUGGAAAUACAGCCCAGAAUUGACCCGAAGUCUCUUCAAAAUGAUUGUGGGCACGACAAAAGCACUCCGUUUGCGCCCCAAUAUAUUCCAUGACUUCACAGACUUUCCUUGGGUUGUGAUUGAUGAACACUCGACAACGAAACGGAGCGCAUUGGAUAUGGACGUGGUAUUGAGUAUGACUCCAAUGCUGAACAGCCACAGCAUCCGAUUUGCUGGCAGUGGGGGCAACAAAUGGGAACCUGAUGCCUUUUUGGAAUUUUUCAGCAAAAUCCUAUCAAAACAGGACAUUGAUACAAUAGAUCUCAAUUUCCCAAAUCUCUCACAAGAGCACCAGGAAGAAGUUUUAUUUUACUUUACCACAGAUGAGUUCAAUCAGCUGCUGUCAACGUGCAAAGUCAAGAAGUUGGGUCUGAGGAUACAUUGCUGUCCACUGCUAGGCACAGUCAAUCCACCUUUUUUGCCUUCAUGGAACAUUGUAUUGGUUCCAUGGUGUCUCUGGAGCAUUUGA